UUGUAGCUUAGAAAAAUUAAUUAACGACGAAGGCUUGACCAGCAUAUUUGUCUGCUUGGUGUUUUUUUUUUUUUUUUGUUUGACCUAAAAAUAUACAUUUAGUUGUCACAAAAGCAAUAUUUAAAACAACUCACUCCCUAGACUUUGGACUCAAACUUGCAAGCGGCCUUGUUCAACAGCAGGGGGAGACCGCAUGCAGCGAGUGGGCUGCUUCUGAUGAUGACAGCCGAGGGCCCGGACAGUGGCUCAGUCUUUCCGGGGUUCAGCAAGUCGAGUAUGCGUGAGGAGAGCCAGACACCGCCGAGGAUAAUUUUGGUAGCAGAGCCUAUGCAACGGUUGCAUUAACGGCAGGCCCACCGCCUUUCUAACGGACGCGUCCAGUGCGGCACACGGCACCGAGGGUUAGAACUACAACAGCUGUACUCCCAACGGCUAACAGGUCCCAGCUAAACGGUUAGCCACGGCCGCAGACAGGUAUGUCUGAAGUUAGUCUUGAGGCUGAAUCGGGGAAGAGCUCAGCUGAGGACCCCCAGAUGGAUUGUGAGCAGGAGGCUGACAAAGCAGUGGAGAGUUUGAGUGAGGAUGUGAAACAGGAGAGUGUAGACGACAGUGAGGGAAGCGGGGACAGGGCCGAAGUGCUGUACGACAUUGAUAUUGACGGUGCUGACGAGAACCACGACGUUCAGAAGGAGGACGAGUUCGUUCAGAGCGAGGGUGGGGUGAGGCGCGGCGACAGUCGCGCUGCACACAUGUCUGACAGUGUAGACAAUGGGGGACACGGGACAAACCAUCCUGUUGAAACAGAUGAAACACCAGAGGAAAGCGGAGAUUCGCACACUGAAACAAAGGAAAGCACAAUGGCUGAGGAGUCCCAUAGAAGCUCAGCCGCUGAGAUCCCAGUCACCAGCAACGGAGACCUGGAUCAGAGCCCUGAGACAGUAUUCCAGAGGGACUCUUACCCCGGUGGCCCUGGGGCCCUAAACCUCUCAGAGUCUCAUGUCCCCUCCAGCAACUUCGCUUCAACAACAGAAGGCAUCAUUGAAUCAGGACCAUACAAAGGGUCAGCAAGCCUACCCACGUCUCCCGUGGCACCUGUAGCUCCCAGCUCGGCUGUUGCUAGCCGCCUGGCACGCUCUUCCAGCGAUAGUCAGGCUGAGACAGGCGCAAUGAAAGCACAGCCACAGAGUGGAGCAGUGGUCCUUUCAGAUGACUUAAAGAACCCAGCCAUGGAAAAACUGGACCUUGUGAGAAAGUGGAGCAUCAACACUUAUAAAUGUACUCGGCAGAUCCUGUCAGAGAAGCUGGGCCGGGGCUCGAGGACCGUGGACAUGGAACUGGAGGCUCAAAUCGAAGUCCUCCGUGACAACAAGAGAAAGUACCAGCAUGUAAUCAAGCUGGCUCAGACGCUGGCCAAUCAGCUGUCCCAGAUGAUGCAGACGCAGAGGCAGCUGGGCGACGCCUUCGCCGACCUCAGCCUCAAGUCACCAGAACUCCACGAGGAGUUUGGUUACAACGCUGACACCCAAAAGCUUUUGUCCAAAAAUGGAGAGACACUGCUGGGUGCGAUCAACUUUUUUAUCUCCAGUGUUAACACACUUGUGGACAAAACAAUUGAAGACACCAUGCUUAAUAUCAAACAGUAUGAGUUUGCCAGGGUUGAGUAUGACGCGUACCGCACAGACUUGGAGGAGCUAAAUCUGGGGCCACGUGACGCCACCACCAUGCCCAAGAUUGAGCUGUCCCAGCAGCAGUUCCAGAUCCACCGUGAGAAGUAUGAGAGGAUGCGAAACGACGUCUCCGUCAAGCUGAAGUUCCUGGAAGAGAACAAGGUGAAGGUAUUGCAUAACCAGCUCAUCUUGUUCCACAAUGCCAUAGCUGCGUACUACGCUGGAAACCAAGAGCAGCUGGAACAGACACUCAAGCAGUUUCACAUCAAGUUGAAAAUGCCAGGUGGGGACAGUCCAUCCUGGCUGGAAGAGCACUAAUCACUCCUUCCUGAAGCCAUAGUGGCUCAGUUUGACAGGAAAUGUCAAAUUCUACAGAAACUACAGGAAUCCCUCCCCUCUCUCAACUCCACUGUCACUGCCUUUCAAACUAUCAGAAUUAUAAAUCUUUUAACUUGAUACAUAAAAUGAAAAAAAAAAAAAAACAACAACCUCACAAUCUGUUUUACCCUUGAUGCUAAAUCCAUUCUGUCUUCUUUUCAUCAGUUAUUUCAAAUCAUAGGAAAUGCACUUUUAUACUGUUUGACAAAUCUGUUGAACGGGAGUUGCUGCAGUAAACACAUCUGGAAACUGUAAAUGGCCUUUUGUACUCCAGCAUAUGAAUGUUGUAUGUCAGCUUGGCGGACAUGUUGGCUCUGUAAGGGCAGCUACGGGGUCACAACAACUGCCAUUUUACUCACGUUAUUUAUAUUGCUAUCAGCUGACUGGGAUGGACACGAAUGCUUUAUGAAAGUGUAAUCAGGAAGCUUGAACAUGAAUACUCUCAUUAUUUGACCGUGCACCUGUUAUGAUAAACAGGGCAAACUGGCAUUCAGAUUUCUGGAUCAUGCAAACUGGUCACUUUUACCAGCAAACUCAGAGUGGUAGUUUGCUAUUUUAAGCUUAUUAUUGUUUAAGCUUAUUUCAUAUUUCAGCUUAUUUCGUUUUGCUGUUCAAUAUAAGGCUGCAGACAGCAGCUUAGCUUAGCUUGAAAAACUGCUAUCCUGGCUCUGUCCAAAGGUAGACAAUUCUGCCUACCAGCAACUCUAAACAUCACUAAUACAAAAACCAAAGUGUAA